UGCCGGCUUGCAGUUCACUUCAUUCAUCUGCCAGAAUCAGUUAGUGAGGACUGCGGGGCGGGAGCGUGCACCGAGCCGAGGAGCCGCAGACACCGUACAUCUGCACCGGAGUAUCAUCCUCUGCCUACAUCGCCGGUGCUCGCCUCUCUGGGGAUGGACAAGCAGUCCGAAAAUGCCUCAUGUGCCGGAUUAUUGGGGCAGGAGGAUUCCAAAUCCCUGGACAAGGGUCGAAAAGGGAAGCACAAGCUGUCCGUCUGCAAUAAAAUAUGUUAUGCCAUUGGUGGGGCGCCAUACCAAAUCACUGGUUGUGCCCUGGGAUUCUUCCUGCAAAUCUACCUCUUGGAUGUAGUACAGAUGAGCCCUUUCCAUGCCUCCAUCAUUCUUUUUACUGGAAGGAUUUGGGAUGCCAUCACAGAUCCUCUGGUUGGAUUCUUUGUCAGUAAAAGCUCUUGGACACGGUUUGGCCGACUGAUGCCUUGGAUUAUAUUGUCCACACCUUUUGCGGUGACCUUUUACUUCCUCAUCUGGUUUGUGCCUGGAUUCACCAAUGGUCAGCUCCUGUGGUACCUAACCUUCUACUGCCUCUUCCAGACGCUUGUAACGUGUUUCCAUGUGCCUUAUUCAGCUCUUACAAUGUUUAUCAGUAAAGAACAGAGUGACCGGGACUCCGCUACCGGAUACCGUAUGACAGUUGAGGUAUUGGGUACUGUCCUUGGUACAGCAAUUCAAGGACAGAUUGUGGGUAAGGUGGAGGAAUCAUGUGUGCCGAACUCCUUCCAAAACCAGUCACUGGAAAGUGUUAAUGGUUCUCAGGAUCCAGAACCUCUUACCAACAUGAGACAAGCCUACAUGAUUGCUGCAGGGGUCAUCUGUGCCAUUUACGUCUUAUGUGCUAUAGUCCUUUCAUUGGGAGUGCAUGAGAAGAGAGAUUCCUGUGAGCUCUUGUCUGACCAACCCAUAUCCUUCUGGCAGGGCCUGAAACUAGUAAUGAGUCAUGGGCCCUACAUUAAACUCAUCACCGGCUUUCUUUUCACUUCAUUGGCCUUUAUGCUUCUAGAAGGAAACUUUGCCCUAUUUCUAAAGUAUACCCUGCAACACCGCAAGCACUUUCAGAAUAUCCUGCUUGUUAUAAUGAUUUCUGCUACACUGACGGUGCCAUUCUGGCAGUGGUUCCUGACUCGGUUUGGAAAGAAAACUGCUGUCUAUUUUGGGAUAUCGUCUGUUGUCCCCUUCCUCAUUGUUGCUGCUGUGGUGCAGAUCAAUCUGAUACUAACCUACGUUGUCGCCGUAGCUGCUGGCCUCAGUGUAGCUGCCGCAUUUCUUCUGCCAUGGUCCAUGCUUCCAGAUGUAAUUGAUGAUUUUGUUUUGAAGAACCCGGAUUCUCCUGGACAUGAAGCCAUUUUCUUCUCUUUUUAUGUUUUUUUUACCAAAUUUGCCUCUGGAGUAUCACUGGGGAUUUCCACACUAAGCUUGGAUUUUGCAGGUUAUCAGACUGGUAGUUGUGUUCAGCCAGAAUCGGUGAAUUUAACCCUGAAGUUGCUGGUGUGUGCUGCCCCCAUAUUAAUGAUAUUAAUUGGGCUCUUGCUGUUUAAACUAUAUCCAAUUGAUGAAGAAAAGAGAAAAGAAAACAAGAAGGCUCUACAGCUACAACGAGAUGCUGACCGGGACUCUGAUUCGGACUCCAUAGAGCUUGCAAGCAACGUAUGACCCUGGUAAAGUGCCUUGAUGAAGUUUAUGCACAGGAGCUUGAGACAUUCAGUUUACCCCUAUGGAGGGUAGCUACCAGCCUGUGAAUGACUUUUGUGCACAGUGGAGAUGAGAACCAUGUCAUCCUUUGGGGGCACGUCCCUGCUUUCCUGGUGCUAUUUGUGCUUGGCACACACUGAAUGCUGCAAUCCUACUGAAAUUUGCACUAACAUAGGGUAAAUUUAUUAACUGUAAAUUUGCAAAUGUUUUUUGUAUAUAAGGGCUUACGUGUGGGGAACAGAUGAAGUAAUUAUUUGUUAUAUUAUAUUGUACAUGUGACCCCCUCCCCCCUAAAUUAUAAUAGCUUAGUGGCUAGUGGAUGCCUACUAAACGCCAGACCUUGAGAUUCAGUAAUGUAUGUACAGAAAUCUGGCGUUUUUUUUGUUCCUAAUAAAUGUAUAUAAUGCAGUGUAUGUUCUAUGUUUCUGUUGCUAUGUACAAAGAUAUGACUAAUGUAUAUGCAACCAAAAUGUGCUGUCUACUUUUUAUAAAUACUUGCAUUUAUUUAAAUGUGUAAGAAAAAAAUGCCAAAAUUAUCGUUUGGCCACAAAACUCGCAGAGUUACCCCAUGAAUGGCCAAAUAGUCACAAGUGUGAGAACGUGUAUAUGUGUUGCAAAAGGUUUACUUUACUUUGGUACUUGAGUAACAUAAAAGGCUGUGUGGCCUUAAGGCAACUUUCAGAUUUAUGUCAGUCUGUUCCAACACUGAAUGCCAGCAAUCGGCUGGACAAAAACUGUUGCGUUUGUCUGGCCGAAUACCGCCAUAUUUGUCUGGUAGCAGCUGGAUCUCUGCUUUACCCCAUUAUCGUCAAUGGGGCCGGCGGACAUUCUAGUGACAUUCAGCCACGGCGGAGCCAGAGAACUCCAGCAGGCAGUUCUCUACCAGAGAGCUGUGCUGCAAAUGUGAGAGUAGUCUAACUUGGUUAUGGAGAGAAUGGUUAUUGCAAUAUAUAAUCCCAUCCGCAGCAUUGAAUGUGCAUACCAUACCUCCUGCUGCUCGUCUGCCUUAUUAAUAGGGAGUGCUGCCAAGAGUAUGUAUGAGAGCACAACUGAGAAACUUCCCCAUUUAAAUAGGGAACUUUUACAUACAGUAUUCACAGCACUGGUGUUUGAUCAAGUAGGAGAUUUUUACCUAUGAGCAUGGCCAUCCGUCUUCCCACCAUCCUUAUUGUAGUACAUUGUAUAGAACCAUUCUCAGCUGAAAGUGGUUGAUAACAGAGAAGUAGUAGCUUGUUGGGUCAAAUCGCAUUCUCCUUUGUAGUCAAACCAUGUUCCUAACAUUGUAUUCCAGGUCAAAGAGUAAGCUGGAUCUGUAUUAUGUACAAUGUUCUUAACCGCCUCUAGUACAAGAAGCAAAGGGCACAAGGAAGAAGCUGUUAUCAUUUUGUAAUUUUUGGAAAAUUAAAGCACUACAUCAGAAAGCUAAACCUACCUUUUUUGUAAAAAAAAAAUGAAUAAAUUGGAAAUGUUCCAUUAAAUCUAUGUUGGUACAGAUGUGCAUUGUGUGUUUGUAUUACUGCAGUCUCAUUGUAAAACGUGUAGUGAUUUUUAUAUUCCAGUAUUUCAGAAGCCACAACCACGUGCUUCGCAUUGAAGUGUCCAUAGCUGCUUGCAGAUUGUGACCAUGACAUUCACCUCUAAUGUGAAAAUCAUGCAGGAGGAGAGUUAGAGCACAAAUCAGAUUGUUUAUGCACAAUAGGCUAGUCCUGUUUAAUAAAAACGUGCUUGGAAAUUCAAAAGAACGAGGUUUAUUUAACAUUUGUGUGGCAGAUGACCCAAUAGCAGCUAGAUAUUAUAUCAGGAAUGGGGAACCGCAGAAUGCUCUGCCCCUUCUGCUGUUCAGUGGAAAAGACACAUAAAUCUCAUGUGUAUUUUACAAUAAAUUUAUUUUCAAUGGGGUUUUCCCUCAAUACCAUCUCACCAUAUCAAUAGAUCUCCAGUUUAAAAUCCUACGUGUCCAUUAGUGGCAGAGAAGAACAGGCUAUGGACCUUUGAGGAUGUUAAUUUCUAUUAUGUCCAAUGUUUUUUUAUUUAUUCUCUUACUGAACAGAAGCAUUAAAAUAAUAGACGAGUUAAAGGUCUUGGGUAUAACUUUGAGUGUCUCUCCAAUGGUCUCCUGCACUUGAUAAUUUGGAUGACCAUUACUGUGACCUUGUAUGAAAUACUAAAGAACCAGUAGAUGCUGUAGCAUGCAGUUAAGUUUUGUAUGCGUAGUAGUCAUCUUGUAAUAUUUAACUAGUUCUCAGGUAUGGAAGAGACCAAGGUUUUUAACUUUAUAAGGGCUAUUGGAACAACUUUUCUAUGACCAUCAUCUGACAAGUGACCCUUUUUUAUUGGGUGUAUAUUCUCCUACUUGUCCCUGAAACUGUAAAUUUUAUUUAUAAGAGUGCCCAUCUUGAAUAUUAUUUUCUGCUCUUUUUUUAUUGUUGUAAAUUAUGCUUUUUGUCUGUCAAAGUGAAUGUGUUACGUGCAUGAAUACAUUUUGUAUUAUACAUUAUGUCCCACCUCUGUAAAGAAUGGAUAAGAAACUGUGUCUCUGACAACAAGUCUCACAGGCCAUGACACUGUUAAACUGAAAUUGUUUAAUUUUGAAAUAAAUCUUUACUGUAUUUGAAAAAGAGAAUGU